AUGAGAGUUCCAGCCCUGAUUGGAAGUGCCAUGACCCUGGCUUUUCUUCAAUCACCCAACUCGGCCAACGCCGAGGAAGAGCCAAUCCUAUCUCUCAGUACGGAUAGUGCAUUCCAUUUUGAGGUUCUAGUCUCUCUUGGCGAAGCCCUUUAUGGAGGCUCCGACCUCGCGCCUGUUUUGGGCGCUGCUAAGAACAUCACCCCCGGCGACUUUGACAGCUUUUCCCAAGCCUUCCAGAAGCUGGCAUACAAAACCAAAGACCAGGCUCUGGAUGAAGAAGCAAACUAUGACCCUAUCAAUGUUCGAGAGACUUGGUUCUCCGCUGCAACAUAUUUCCGCCGCGCUGAUUUCUACCUCCAUAGCAACUGGACCAAUCCCCUUAUCAACACUCUCUGGGAUGAGCAGACAGAGGCCUUCGACAAGGGGCUGGGCUCUCUUCCUGUCCCCGGGAAACGCCUUCAGAUCCCAGCCGAUAACUUCACGGUCGAGGCAAUCUGGUACGAGCCUAUCUCUCACCGGUAUACCAAUCAAACUAGCAAGCGUCCCACACUGAUCCUCGGAAACGGGUACGAUGGCGCCCAGGAAGACCUCUACCAUACUGUUGUUGUCCCGGCCCUAGCUCGAGGCUGGAACUGCUUGACAUACGAGGGUCCAGGCCACCCAACUGUCCGCCGCAAGCAGAAUCUUGGAUUCAUCCCCGAUUGGGAGCGUGUUGUCACCCCACUGGUUGACUACCUGCUCAAAGACAGAUACAGUGUCGUGGAUAAGGAUAAGUUGGCCCUCUUUGGAUUUUCCUUCGGUGGUUAUCUCGCUGCCCGAGCUGCUGCAUUUGAGCCUCGCAUCUCCGCGGUAGUAUUGGACGGCGGCGUGUGGGACUGUUACGAAGCCUUCUCACCCAACCUGUCCCCGGAGCUCAAAGAACUCUUUGAUUCGGGUAACAAAGAAGCCUUCGACGAAGCGGGGAGAGUACUACUUGACAACCCUCUUGUUCCCUCUCAGGCACGCUGGGGUUUGGCCCAGGGCAUGUGGGCGUUCAACACGCAGUCGCCCUAUGAUUUCAUGCAGUGGACGAAGAAGUACGCCGUCAAGGAUUUCAUCACACAGAUCAAGGUCCCCGUUUUUGUUGUCGACGCAGAGAGCGAGGGGUUCUUCUCUGGUCAGCCGCAGAAGGUCAAGGAUGCUCUUGGUGAUUUGGCGACGUUGCACACCUUUACGGGAGCUGAAGGCUACCAUUGUCAGGCGGGAGCUUUCUCUUCCUUGAACCGAGUCAUGUUUGGGUGGUUGAAUAAGGUGCUUUCUAAGUAA